AUGUUCGGCGCCGAGAACAGCAAUGCCGAGGACGACGACGACGACAUCAAAGACGACGACGACGACGGAGCUUCCGCAGAUGAUGAGAUUGGUAUCAUAUCUAGCGCCAAUUUGCGUAAUUCUUGUUUCCCUGGGCUUCCCUCCCCCUCAGCAUUGCCGCUUUGA